CUGAAUAGUUAGAGACAGUUGUUUGUGGGACUUGCGAGAGAAUGGCAAACUCUAUGGUAUCCUUGGAAACAUCCAACUAAAUGACAAUGGCAGAGACAAUCUGCUGCUCCUUGAUGAACUGUCACUGUGACAAUUUUAAGCCUGAGAAGCUGAAGAGGAGGCAAUGUGAGAACUGCAAGCAUGGCUGGGUAGCACACGCCGUGAGCAAGCUGAAGGUGCACCACAUCUACCAGUGCAGCCAGGUGGAGAUUGUGCACUCCAAUGUGGUGUUCGAUAUCUGCAGCUUGAUGUUGUAUGGCACCCAAGCCAUUCCAAUCCGCCUCAAGAUCCUCCUGGACCGCCUUUUUUCUGUCCUCAAGCAGGAAGAAGUCAUCCAGAUCCUAAAUGCACUUGACUGGACUCUCCAGGACUACAUACGAGGAUAUGUGCUACAGGAUGUAGCAGGGAAAGUGCUGGACCGGUGGAUCAUCAUGACAUUUGAAGAAGAAAUUGCCACACUGCAGCAGUUUCUGCGUUUUGGCGAGACUAAGUCCAUAGUGGAGCUUAUGGCUCUACAGGAUAAAGAGGGCCAAACAGUGUUGAUUCCAAGCACCCGGACCAAUUCAGAUAUCCGCACUUUCAUUGAACGUAAUAUCCCUCGCAAUGCUGUCAACCUUUCUACAUCAAAAGUCGAUAAGAUGAGCAGGAAUAGUACUCAUCACUUUGAGACCUAUAUCAACAGCAUACCCUUCAUGGUUCCAUUCCAACUCUUAGGCUCUGUGCCUACACCAUGUCUGGGAUCCUCAACAGGAGCACUUCAACAGCAGCAACAACAAUACCAGCAGCCAUGUGAGGCUUCAAUUGAGCCCCACGUGGCUCAAGAAGAUCAAGGGAGGAACGGGCUUGGGAAGAAUAGUGUCCUUUCUCUUUCACAUCAAUCAGAGAGCAACCUGUUGCUGCAAAGUUGUAGCUCCAUUUCAUUCACUGCUAGUUUAGACCAAAAUGAAGAAAAGCCAAUGGAUAUCUCAAGCACAAAGACUGACUGUGAGGACUUCUCCAAAAGUGACAACUCUGGCACUCUGUCUAUGAUCUCAGAUGUAGCACAGAUGUCACCUGAAAUAAAGCUACAUUCCCUGGACAGGAAUAGCAGUGGCAAUGAAGAGGUCUUAGGGGGUGGAGGCUCUUUGAAGAAGGGCCGUGUGUUCUGCAAUGCUUGUGAGAAGACAUUUUAUGAUAAGGGCACACUAAAAAUCCACUACAAUGCAGUGCACCUAAAAAUUAAGCACAAGUGUACCAUUGAGGGCUGCAACAUGGUGUUCAGUUCACUUCGCAGUCGCAAUCGCCAUAGUGCUAAUCCAAAUCCUCGGCUACACAUGUCGAUGAACCGAAACAACAGGGACAAGGAUCUACGACACUGCCUGUCGACUGAUGAGAACUCUCAAGAGGAGGGAAGACCUGAAUAUAGCAAUCCCAUUCCCAUCUGCUCAGGAGAAAGCCAUAAGUCUGUUCCCAACUACACGAUGAGCCAUGUAGAAACUAGCCCUAAACUCCACAGCAGCUCAUUUCCCAGCAUGGGCCAGAAUGGAAUCCUCUUUCCUAAUUUAAAAACAGUGCAGCCUGUCCUGCCUUUCUACCGAAGCCUGGUAACCCCAGCAGAACUAGCCAACACACCAGGAAGUCUUCCCUCCCUUCCCCCUUUAUCCUCUUUGGUACCUGUCAAACCCAUUGCAAAACCUGAACCCUGUUUGACAGAACUUAUACCAAAGAAAAAGUCUCGUAAGUCAAGUAUGCCAAUAAAAAUAGAGAAGGAAAUGGUACAACAAUAUGAGCAGAAAGAUGUGGUUAACAACUCUGGGGAGGAAGUUCCUUCAUCGUACAGGGAAAAUACCAAGUGUAUGAGUAACCAACCAGAGAGCUAUAUGUGUACAAGUAAAUCUGGGGAGGUUAAGAAUGCAAUAUGUUAUUUCAAUGGCAAAAGUAAUGAAAGGAAAAGUACCAAGAAUCAGAUGGACCAAACCUUAGUUAAUGAUGGCCUUGAGAAGAAAGAAAACGAUGAUGAGCUGAGGCAAGCUGAAGCAGGUGUCAUCCCUUGUAUAUCCUUCCCAUUUGAAAAAAGCUCCCUGGAGGAACAUUGUGGUAGCCAUUUACUUUGUCAGGAACCUAAUGGCACUGAAGAAAGUGUAAUUGGUGAGCAUGCAAACUUAUUGCCUAAUAAAUUGUCAUAUCUCAAAUGGGAUGAAGAUUACCACAGGCUGACCAAAGGGGUUGGUCUCUGUCUCCUAGAGAGAGGGGGGCUUGAUGGGCGUUUGAAUGACCGUGGUGAAGAUACUGACCCACCUCACCACUGCGAGAUCUGCACUGCGACCUUUAAAAGCUCCAACAAUGUCAAAAUGCACAACCAAAAUGUUCACUUGAAGGAGAUGCACAUAUGUACAAUGGAUGGCUACAAUGCUACAUUCCCCACCUGCAGGAGCCGAGAUAGGAACGAUGCCAAUAUGACUAAAGACUUACUAAGCCCAGCCAGCACAGUCUACUCACCUUCAUCACAUUGCACAGACAAAGACUCUGUUGACCUGGACUACUGCCCAGUUCAAUGGGACAGAGAUUUACCCCAAAGGGACUUUACUAGUCAGACUCCUGUCAUCUAUCGAGGAUGUAACCGUAUGGGUCUGGUGUUUCCUAUGAGUAAAAUGCCUACUGUAACAGGCACUUUAGAGGCAUCUACCUUAGUAGAGAUGGAGAGAUUAGGAGGGGGAGAAGGUGGAACAAAUGGUGAUGAAGGGGUAGCCCUGGACCUGAGCACCACUGCCUCUGCCCCACCAUGUGACAACAGAAGUGUUCAGUCUUCCUUGGAUUCAGAUGGAGCUGGUAAUGGGGAAAGAGAGGGGGUUGAAGAAGAUGAGGAGGUCCUCUCCAUGGGGGACAUUGAUGACAGCUUUGAUCCCAUUGGUAUGAGGAGGUCUCGGGGUGGGGCGAUAACAGUAGAGGAAGAGAGAAGUAUGAAUUGUAGUGGGGAAGGACAGAGUGUGCUUCAGGCAAGUGGGGGUGGUUCCCCGAUGGCAUGUCAUGUCUGCCAAAAAGUGUACAGCAAUAAGGGUACAUUUAGAGCCCAUUACAAAACUGUUCAUCUGCGACUUCUCCACAAAUGUAAAGUCCCUGGCUGUGAUACAGCCUUUUCCUCGGUAAGGAGUAGAAAUAGGCAUAGCCAGAAUCCAAACCUUCACAGGAAUCUAUCAGUGGACUCGGAUACCACAAUAGACCACUUGUGAGAAAGCUCAACGAGAAGGCUAAGCAAUUAGCACUUUUUAAAAUGAUUUCAGCUCCUCUGAUUAAUAUUUUCAGGGAAAAAAAGAACUACCACUUGUAAUCCAUUUGCUAAAUAAUGAGCAAGUGCCAUCCACUUUUUAUACCUGCUUAUUCAACUUCUGCUAGGAGUUGAACAAGGAAUCUUCUUGCUGUGAGGCAACAGUGUUGGUUAUUUUCAUUACAACUCCUGUAUUACAUUUCUUUCUCUCCAUAUAUAUAUAUAUAUAUAUAUAUAUAUAUA